GAUAAAAGUAUUAAAUGCUUCUAGUGAUAUCAGCCGCGAUUGAGACGAAAGAAUUGAAGUCCAGCUUCUCUGCGCUCAUAGAAGUUCCAGUCCUUUAUUGCUCGUUACUUUGGCAGGAAAGUCAAUUAUUUUACUAGUCUUGUGACGAAAGUUGCAACAGAAAUGUAAUGUUUGAUCAGGCUAAAGUUCUCAGUUCUUAUUUACAUUUUGGUUGUCCGUUUUCUUUAGAUACUUUGCUUUCUAGGACAAUCCCUCGCUUUUUUCAACCCAAUAAAUUUAGCGAAAAUGACAAAUUCGAAAUUAGCUAAUAGUUCUGAUAACAGCACGAAAGAAAACACCGAUGCUGUCGGAACGUUGUCGAGUGGAACAAAUUCAGAUCAAUCUCCUAUAAUUGACUCCAAACAAGAUCAUCGCAGUCUCAGGUCACCAUCUGAAAUUGCAACUAGCAAUGACUCAGGGAUAAAAUUAAAUUCUGGAACUGAAAACAACAGUUGCAGUUCAAAUUUACAAAUUAUGUCGAAGUCAAAUGAAGGAGAAACUGCUGAAAGAUCUACAGGUCACAUGAGUUAUGGGUCGCUGAAGCCACAUGAUAAUGUGAGUGAAGCUGAAGAGCAAAAUAAACUAACUCGAUCAACCAGCGCCACUACUUCUGGAACCGAGACAUUGCAAUCCAAGUUCCCUCCUAGUUCACCCGAAGAAUAUUCAAAUGCGAGUGAAAAGACUUCGAGUAGUAUAGUGUCUUCUGAUCAAAAAUCACGACGCGAAAGUUCUUAUUUGACAGACGUUUCACUGGACGUCAGCAGUAAUUCACCUCUGGGAAACAAUCCUGGCGUUUCUCAACGGCGUUCCAGUACUAAGCUGUCAACUGAUGUAGCGCUCGCCUCAGAGUUACAAUCAAGUAGUUCUGCGUUAACUGCAAGUCAGAGAUCUAGUAGACGAAAAACAGAUCAAAGGAAAAACUCAACCGCGCCCGGUCCAGGGAGAUCAUCUGGAAUAUUCUCCAAUAUUUUUGCACCUUCUUAUCAAAAAGUUGUUGAUGACUUUGAAAAACUGUUUCCUCCAAGUGAGUUCGGAAAUUGUGGAAUAUUGUUGACCAAUUAUGGAUGUGCACUACAGACAGACCCAGGAUUACUUGAACAAGGCAAGUUAUACGUCACUUCUCAAGGACUUUUCUUCAAUUCGUUCAUCCGUCGUCGUCUCCUCAUGUUCAUAAGCUUCUCCGAAAUUGAGGUGCUUAAGAAGCAUCAAGUGAUGGUUCUUUUCCCUACUGCGAUUCUAGUGGCAAAGAAGGACAGAACCAGUACAGUGUUUGCAUCGUUCACCAGCCGAGACAAGAGUCUAGCACUGAUCAACUACUAUUUCCAGUGCUUCCAGAAGGACUCGAUGUACUUUGAACACGGAAAAGAGGAAGUCUUAUGGAAGGAACUCAAUCGCAACUACGGUCGCAAAUUUCAACAACCUGUCGCAGCGCGAGAUUCUGACGAUAAUGAAAAUGGAGAUAACAGCGCGAUUGAAUCCGAGAACAGUUCUGCAGCCGAGUCAACGAACCUGCGUGGAUCUGAGACACGAGCGGGAAGUGUGAAGUCACCAACAAUUUUGCAACCGGAAGUUACAGCUGUCAAAGUGCCCUUAAUUGAGAUUGAAUCAGAUGACAGGGUGAAAAUACUCUCGAAUGGAUCUGGCGUAUCAAUGAAGACAGAUGAUCAACCGAGGUCAAAAGUUGGAAAAAGAAGUGCGGGCGAGAGUAACAGUUUGCAUGUAGGAGUGAAUGAAAUAAACGGGAAGACCUUGACUAGAGAUGAAGGGGAUGUUCUGACAGAGACGUUGAAGUUGAGUCCACCUUCCAAUGCAGAGAUAGGGUUCAGAGUAGGCGGAGGGAUCAUGGCGAUGGAAGAAGACGAAGACGAUGAGAGCUAUCUUAUUGAGCCAGUGAUCUCAUCACUCUCUGACCAAGAGGAGCUCCAGUGUAGUUGCUAUGUGCAUGAAGCUAAGAGUGGCUGGACUCAGUAUCUGGAUAAUAUUUACUACAUUAGUGUGGACUCGGCAUUCAAUAUGCUGUUCGAAAAAAGUGACUUCUAUCACGAGGUUCUGAAGAGACGCAAGGCUACUAGAUUCACAUGUGCGAAGUGGAAGGCUAGUGGCAAGGGAGGUUCAACUGGGAAGAGGGAGAGGGAAUUGACGUAUCUGAUGCCGACUAACUCUUCGGUGCCGAUGGCCCCCAAAGCAGUGGACUGCACAGAAAUGCAGUACGUUGAUGCGGCAGAGUGUGAAGCUGAAAAAAUAUACGGGGCUCGAGCAACAGUGAAAAACCACAACAAGUUCAGUGACAACUUCGUGAUUCACACCAAGUACUGUUUGACGAGGAGUAGCAGACAGAGGUUCAGACUGCAGCUCUACUCUAGACUUGAGUUCACGUCCUCGUGGGUGCUGAUGAAAGAUGUCAUCAGAGACCAGGUGGAUGUAGGCAUGAAGGACCACUGCGAGGCAUUGGACAAAGCACUACAACUGAAGAUAUCAGAGUCCAAAAUAGCGCCACCGAAUGCGUCCAGAUCAGCAGUAGUGAAAGGCAGUAGUAAUUUGCAAAGCGGAGCAGCUAAUAUGGAUGGGAGCGAGAAGUCAGAUUCGGCCAGCAAUCUGCCUGGCACAAGUGCUGGAUUGAGUCAUGCAGGGCUGUCAAGGAAGAAACACAAUGGUACUCUGGUGAACAGGGAUUCCUCGAUCGGACAGAGGGAGAGAUGCGGGUCCAUUCAUGAAGCCUUGCCAGAUGUGUUGGGUAGUCGACUGAACGAACACGAACACCGUCUCGGUUCAAGCUCGUCUGAGUUGAACCGAGGCGGAGGAACGACUCGAACACGCCACCGAGGAGGGACAUCUCGUCUCUCUCGUCUUUCUUCGGGUGGUGAGGUCGUGUGGGGUUCGAGGUCGGUGCAAUGGAUGGUGAUUCUGCUGCUCGUUUUGGCCUCAAUUUCUCAUUCUAUGCUCAUUUAUCAGCUCUCAAACAUAUCAUCACAGGGUUCGUUCCGUGGAACAAAAUCAACGUAUUUUGAUGACAGAUCAUCAACUAAUAAUCAGUUUUCAUCAAGCAGUAUCAAUCACAGGGAGUCCAGUUUGGACGAAAGUUCGCAAGAACACCUGCAGCAAAAAGAGCAAUCAAAGCAAAGCAAAGAACAGGAAACGUUCACGCAUCAACAGCUUUUAGCCUUGAUAGUGAACUCGCAGGUUCAACAGCAAAAUCAGUUCCAACAAAUUAUGAAGAAUAGUUUAGCAGUUUUGGAGGUGAUGACGAACAAUAUGAACAGCAUGUCUAUGUUAAUGUCUUCCCAUAUGGUCCAGCAAAGUUCAGUUGUGAACGAAUUUGCAAAAAAUGUGAACGAACACGCUCAAACAUCAGAAUUAAAGGAAGAAAAUACUGGCAGUCAAUCAGAAUUACAAGCGAAGCAUAAAUUAAAUAGUUUUGGGGAGCCUUUAACCAAGGAAACAUCUGCGCUGAAGAGUGAUAAAACUGAAAUGUUUGCCUCAAAAAAGUUUCCGCAAAAACUGGACGACGAAUUGUGAACUUUACAAAAAUUUACAAAUAGUAGCUGUAAAAGUUAUCAAAUCAACCAAAUCCAUUCAUUGGUAUAAUUAUAAUUAGAUCUGGGGUAAAUUUGCAUUGUCUUCUGUCAAUAGAUUGUGUUUUAUUUAAUUGAGCAAAAUAGUUACAAAUUUGGUGCUAGUUUAAUCCAACUAUUCCAAUCAAUUGUUUGACUGUGUUACUACAAUUACUGGUCAUUGUAUCUCAAAUGUGUAGUUUAAUAUUGAGUCCUAUUUUUAGCUAAAAGUUUGAGUUCAUUUCAUCUUGUAAUAUUAA